AUGAGGGCCAGCUUGCUUCGUGUGCCAGCGGCUCUGCUGGCGGCCGCACUGGCUGCGUGGUACUUGAUGUCAAUCAAGCGAGAGAUGCAGCGCAUUUGCGAGAGCAACGAGGCUUGGAGUCAGGAGAUCCUAAAUCGCCUACAGAAGGUGCAGUCUCACGUGAGCUACUUGGUAAAAUCCAUGAAUGUUGUUGAUCAUGGACAAGGCCAGCCUGAGGGGGAUACGGAGGUAAAGAUGGAGAAGAAGGUGGUGAAGAAGCUAAAUCCAAAUUCAGCACUCUUCAGAAACUGGGGAGACCAGCUGUCUGAGGAGGAGCAGAAAGAGGCAGAGGCACUGUUUCAGCGAUAUGGAUACAAUGCCUUCCUGAGCGACAGGCUGCCCCUGAACAGAAAGAUCCCAGACACGAGAGACAAAAGAUGCUUGGAGAGAAAGUAUCCAGAGGACCUGCCUACAAUCAGCGUGGUUUUGAUCUACCUGGAUGAGGCCCUGUCUAUCAUCAAGAGAGCCAUUCGCAGUAUCAUCGAUAAGACACCUGCUCAUCUGCUGAAGGACAUCAUACUGGUGGAUGACAACAGUUCACAUGAGGAUCUGAAGGACAAGCUGGACGCCUACAUCAGCUCCAUCCAUGAAGAGCGGCCUGGUCUGGUGAGGAGGGUGAGACACCAAGAGCAGAUGGGUCUGACACAAGCCCGCAUCUCAGGGUGGGAGGCUGCUACAGGGGAUGUGGUGGCCAUCUUGGACGCUCACAUAGAGGUCCAUGCGCAAUGGGCGGAGCCACUGCUGGCUCGGAUUAAGGCGGACCGCACCGUGGUGGUGAGCCCGGUGUUUGACAAAGUGAAUUUCGAUGACCUGAAGGUGACUCACUACUUUUCGUCUGCGCAUGGCUUUGAUUGGCGACUGUGGUGUUUGUACGAGGUAUUCAGACCUGAGUGGUACAGACUCAAUGAUGAGUCACAGCCAGGGAAGAGUCCUUCCAUCAUGGGCAUACUUGUGGCUGAUCGAAAUUUCUUUGGGGAAAUCGGAGUCUUGGACAGUGGGAUGAAAAUCUAUGGUGGUGAAAAUGUGGAGCUGGGAGUUCGUGUGUGGCUGUGUGGGGGCAGUAUAGAGAUAGUGCCGUGCUCCAGGAUUGCCCACAUUGAGAGAAGCCAUAAACCCUACCUACCCGACCUCAGUAUCACCAUGAAGAGGAACGCUCUACGGGUGGCUGAGGUCUGGAUGGAUGAGUACAAACACCAUGUCAACAUCGCCUGGAAUCUUCCUCCUAAGGAUCAUGGGAUUGAUAUUGGGGACGUGUCAGAGAGAAAAAAACUCAGAGAGAAGCUGAAGUGUAAGCCCUUCAAAUGGUACCUGGACAACGUGUAUCCCCAGCUAGACACCUGGGAUGACCUUGUCGCCUAUGGCGCUAUGGUUAAUAACCUCACGGAGGACGCCUGUAUUGACCAAGGGCCUGUUCCUGGAAAUGUUCCUAUUCUGUACGGAUGCCACUUCUUUUCCACACAGCUCUGUUACUACCGCACAGGUGGACAGAUCUACAUCGGAGGCAUCACGUCUCACAAGUACGACGACAAUCGCUGCCUGGUGGAUCCUGGCACUGGCAGUACACCUGGGCUAUACGAGUGUAAAGAGGCCAAGGAGAAAGGAUUCCACAUGCACUGGGACUUCAAACAGGGACAGGCUAUAAAGAACAGAGACACACAGAGAUGUCUGGAGGUAGCCAAAGAGGGACACACCUACUAUCAGCUUAUCAUCCAAAAGUGCAGUGGGCAAGGCUGGAGAAUACAGCACGUGAUUAAAGAUUUCUGA